UAUUCAUCAACAAAUUCUCUUCAUUUCAAUAGUGUCUAGCUAAAACCCUAACCCUAGAUUUUAUAAAACAUCCUUCUUCUCUAGGGGUUGAUACUGAGAAUGAUUGGGUGGGAAGAUGUUUAUAAGGUGGUGGUGGCCAUGGUACCACUCUAUGUUGCCCUAGUUUUAGGGUAUGGUUCUGUGAAAUGGUGGCGCAUAUUUACACCUGAACAAUGUAAUGCCAUAAAUAGCCUUGUGUGCUACUUCACCCUCCCUCUCUUCACCUUCGAAUUCACGGCCCAUGUCGAUCCAUUCCAGAUGAAUUAUAGAUUCAUUGGUGCUGAUGCCAUCUCCAAAGUGGUCAUUGUGGUUGUGCUUGCGUUUUGGGCUAAGUGCAGUAGCAAAGGGAGCUAUUGCUGGUCCAUUACAAGCUUCUCUCUCUCUACCUUGACAAAUGCUUUGGUUGUAGGGGUGCCCUUGAUGGAGGCCAUGUAUGGUCAGCUUGGGGUGGACCUUGUUGUCCAGUCAUCGGUCGUGCAGGCCAUCGUGUGGCUUACAGUUCUGUUAUUUGUGUUGGAAUUUAGACGGGCUAGGGACUUCUCUUCUGCUCCGAGUGCUGGAGAUUCGCGAGUUGUGGGAGUUGAAUCAGAGAAAGAUUUGGAGGGAAAUGCGGUACAUGUAGAGAUCACUAGGCCAUCGUUUUGGUCAUUGAUGAAGGUUGUGUGGCUUAAACUAGCCAUGAAUCCCAACUCAUAUGGUUGUAUUGUUGGAAUCACUUGGGCUUUUCUAUCGAACAGGUGGCAUUUUCAAAUGCCAAGAAUUUUGGAAGGAUCAAUACUGAUCAUGUCAAAAGCUGGGACAGGGACUGCCAUGUUUAGUAUGGGACUGUUUAUGGCAUUGCAGAAGAAUUUAAUUUCUUGUGGUGGUAAUCUGACAGCGUUCGGGAUGGUUUUGAGAUUCAUUGCCGGACCUGCGGCGAUGGCUAUCGGUGCUAUCGCCGUUGGUUUGCAUGGAGAUGUUUUACGUAUUGCUAUUAUCCAGGCAGCGGUGCCACAAUCCAUCACCUCCUUCAUAUAUGCCAAAGAAUAUGGACUACAUGCAGAUGUUCUUAGCACUGCGGUUAUAUUUGGCAUGUUGGUGUCACUUCCAUUGCUGGUUGCAUAUUAUGCAAUUUUAGAGUUCGUACAUUAGAUGAAUUAAUAUUUUCUGUAACCCUCUCUAGAAAGGUAGGGAUAGUUUUUGUUACUCCGCCCAUUUCAUAAAAGUAUAGAUCUAGAUUUAACAACAACAAUUCAUAAUUCAGGAAAUCCUUUUCCGGAAUCUAUACAUGUAUCUAUGGGACUUUCUACUGUAACUAGUUUGUCGGAAAAAAUACGUACUCAUACUUUUUCACCACUACUGUUUUCGUAUGGUGAAGCUUGAGGGAAUUAGUUAAAUUGUUUUCAAACUUUACUAAAUUGUAUCAUUAUUUGGAAGUGUCCUUUUGAAUGUUU